AAAAUUUGCACUCACUAGUUUUAAAUAAAGACAAAAUAAAAAGUGGGUUAGAGUCGGCUAACUGACUAGCUAGCCGACUCUAACAAAGUCGCCAUCGGCGUCGGCGCCGAAGCCGACUGAAUAUAUCAUAUAUGUACUCUUGCAACAAAAACUGAACACUGUAAAAGCUGCUCUGUCUAUCUUCCCAGUCCCUCCCUGCCCCUGCUACCCUGCUCAUAUACCCCCUUCAGAACCUACCAGCUUCCCUGUCCACCAUACUCUCUCUCUCUCGAUAAAACCAUCCCUGCUUCUCCCCACAACUUGUUCCUUCUUCUUCGCAACCAGCAUUGCACAGCAAGAAAGCUAUUUCAAAGCUUUUUUUAAUUACGAAAAUGACACAGUCGGAUUCGGGCGAGAGCAAGCGAACAACCAAGGCCGGGAAUCACGGAGCUCCACCACCGGAACAAGAGCAACUCCCCUGCCCACGAUGCGACUCCACCAACACAAAGUUCUGUUACUACAACAACUACAACUUCUCUCAACCCCGCCACUUCUGCAAGUCCUGCCGCCGCUACUGGACACACGGUGGUACUCUCCGUGACAUCCCCGUCGGCGGCGGUACGCGUAAGAGCGCCAAGCGUUCUCGCACUAACAAUCAGUACUCAUCCUCCACCGCCGUCACUUCAGCGAAUUACGAAGUACAGUCCAUGCCGUUGUCCGCUACCCCGGUGUUUUUGCCACUGACGGCAAAUCAGGCGUCGAGCGUACAGUUUUGCGAUGUGAAGGGGAAUGAGAGCUUUACUUCUCUGUUGAACAACAGUGGUCAAGGGGGUUCCGGGAUUUUGGCGCUGAGUGGGUUUGGGCUGGGCCUUGGACAUGGGUUUGAAGAAGCGGGCUUUGGGCUUGGAAGAGGGAUAUGGCCUUUUGUUGGUGUAGGAGGAGAUGGUGGUGGUGCUGUGAGUGUUGUGAAUGGCGCUGGCGGAAAUGCUACAGUGACAGGGAAUGGGAGUACAUGGCAGUACGAGAGUGGUGGAGAAUCUGCUGCAUUUGUUGGAGGAGAUUGCUUUUCUUGGCCUGAUUUGGCUAUUUCAACUCCUGUUUAUGGGCUUAAAUGAUGAUAUUUUGGCUCAAGAAUGUAAUAGUUGUUUUGUCUUGAGAGUCAUUAGCUUCUGAAAUUAGAGAAAACACUGUGAUUUGGUUGGACUAUAUAUGUUGUCUAGUUCACAAUAUGGUAUAAUGGUUUGCAGUUUUGUCGCUC